CUUCUGAUUAGCUUAAGAGUUUCAGACUACCAAGGUUCUACGCCGGCCCUCAUCAAAUUCCUCAUCGUCAACCAUGGAUCGUAGUCGUUUGAUAUUUAUUUUUGUAGGAGUGGGGAUUUUGGCUGCCAUCAUUGUUGCCAUUGCCGUGCCCGUGUCACUGAACAACAAGAGUAAGAGAUCUCCGGAAUUGGCAAGACAAUAUAUGCGGGAAACUCCUUUGAUAGACGGGCACAAUGAUUUACCAUAUCAAUUUAAGAAAGGCAUAAACAAUCAGCUUCAAACAGUAAACUUGAAUGAGCGACCUCCAUGGGAUCCUACACAUACCGAUAUCCCAAGACUUAGGGAUGGAUUAGUCGGGGCUCAGUUUUGGGCUGCUUAUACAUCGUGUGAUUCCCAGUACAACGAUGCUGUAAUGCAUAUUCUUGACCAGAUUGACGUCAUCAAAAGAAUGGUUCAAAUGUACCCUGAAACAUUUGAUUUUGUCACAACGGCGGAAGGAAUCAGAGAUUCCCAUGAAAAUGGGAAGAUUGCAUCUCUAAUUGGAGUCGAAGGGGGUCAUAAUAUUGAUAGCAGCAUGGCUUCAUUGCGCAUGCUCUAUGAACUUGGAGUCCGCUAUAUGACCGUCACACAUAGUUGCAAUACACCCUGGGCUGAUAACUGGUUGAUGGAUGAGGAGACAACUCCAGAACAUAACGGACUUACUGACUUUGGCAAGGAUGUUAUUAGAGAGAUGAAUCGUCUUGGUAUGCUUAUUGAUCUCUCUCACGUCUCGGUGAAGACAAUGAAUGACGUCCUCGACAUCGUCACGGCACCAGUCAUGUUCAGCCAUACUUCGGCAUACGAACUCUGUAACCACUACCGAAACGCGCCAAACAGCAUUCUUACUCGGGUGAAAGAAAAUGGAGGAGUGGUUAUGGUGAACUUCUACACCAAAUACAUCAACUGCCCACCCCAAAAUGUUACUGCAGAUGAUGGCUAUGCUACACUUGCCCAAGUAGCAGAUCACAUGGAUCAUAUAAAACUAAUCUGUGGCUGGGAGUGCGUUGGGUUUGGAAGUGACUAUGACGGUGUUGGCACUGUACCUGAAGGAUUGGAAGACGUCUCGAAGUUCCCUGACCUGGUUGCAGAACUCAUUGAAAGAGGGUGGACAGAAGAAGAAGUGAAGGGCGCCCUCGGAAACAAUCUACUUCGAGUAUUCGAUGCAGUGGAGGAGGAGAGAGAUGCGUUGGCAGCAGACACCUUGCCUUACGAGAACACUAUGCCCAGGGAUAGUGGGGCAGAGGUGAACAACACAUGUCGUACCUAUGUCUAUAACCCAUAAUAAUCUAAUGUUACUCAUUCAGCGUCCGAGGAUCAUGCCUGGCUGGAGAUUUUGAGGUUCUUCAGAUUCUCAACAAAGUUUAUAAAUUUUAAAAUAUAUUAAAUGUCUUUUGAGUUGACCUUAUCUCAUAUAUAUAUAUAUAUAUAUAUAUAUAUACAUGUAUUUUGCUUGCAAAGUGAAGAAUAAUUUCUUCUCAGUAAUGUCGUCCAUCUAUAACCAAAUGUCAUAAUGUCUUUAUAUAUAUGUACAGUAUAUGGAUAAAAAAUAUUAUGUCACAAUUUGUAUCAUAUUCUAUCUGUUUCAUGCAAUUGAGAAUCUCGAUUGGGUAAAAGGAUUAGUGUGGUAAAGUCCUUUCAACCGAUUUUAUUCAGUUAUACCUAUAGUUCCAAUUAUUCAAUUCGAUCUCCACUAUUUUUUAAUGUCUCGCCAAUCAGAGUUGAAGGUAAGAAUAAAAAGAGUCACAAGCAAAAAAAUAGGAGAAGUGUCUCUGAUCUCACCAAGGAUGGUUUUACCAUGGACCUACUGUUUUACUAACUGUGGCGACGUAUCGUCCGCCGAGUUUCAUUCCCUCGCUUAUCCAAAUCGCAGUUUACCAUUUUUUCACACCCUUAUUUAGGAUGUAAACUUAUUUCUCUUAGUUGUGUAUGAUAAUGUGGUAUUUUUAUAUUCAUGUAUGUUAGUUGUGUAUGAUUCAUGUAUCUUAGUUGUGUAUGAUAAUGUGGUAUUUUUAUAUUCAUGUAUGUUACGUUGGCUUCGAAGGUGUAAAAAGGUGUCUUUUAAAUACAUUUAUGAUAGUGAAUGAAUUAUUUUCAUUUCUUCGGAAGCACAAUCUCAAUUAUAUUUGAUUUAAUUCAUUUUGGAUUAUUGCAUUUAGGACAUACAAUAGUCCAGAGACUGACACAUACAAAACAAUAUAGAAAAAAUGAAAUGAAAAAUACUUGCAAAUUAACAAAUAGAAGCAAAUAAGCACUAUAAAAAUGUAUUAACUGUAAAAAUACUGUUAAAAAUGUUCAACAACGCUGAUAAGCCAUUUACUCUAACAACUAUUGUUUAAACUUUUAAACAAGUUAUUUUAAAAAGUUUAAGCAAUAAUUAUUAGAGUGACGGGCUUAAACAGCGUUGCUUAACAUUUUAAGCAGUGUAUAUAUACAUAUACAUCAUGCAUUAUAAGGAGAAAUAAUAUUAUGCAGAAUGACGGAAAAAAUAUGUUGCCGUUUGCGCAAAACUGUUGUUUUGUGUGAAUGGUAAGUUCUUAUGAAUAUGUACAAAAUUAGCUGAGGAGAAAUACUGAAAAAUGAAGUUAUACUGUAUGAAUUUUCCUUAUUUGGGUAUUUUAGAGUAGUGAUGCAUGGCAUCAUUUGGGCUUUUUGUUUAUAGCCCCUUCGCCAGAAUUAUUAGUAAGCAUUUAAUCAUAAUGAAAAUAUGUGGAGUCUGUAGACUGCGAUCGUAUUAUGACUGUUUAUCAUGUUUGUAGGCUUGGGCAAAGAUUUUUACUAUUAUUUUUUUCCAAUUCCAUUUUCGGUGGACGCUGUGUGUUGCUAAUUUUAUUUUAAGGUCUGUGUAGAUCUUAAUUGCAAGUACGAGCAUCUUUUAAAAGUGUUUAUCUCUCAGACGUUUGAGUUGAUAAGUUUAUACAGAUAAAACUCCCA